AUGCCCUUGAGACGAGACCUAAGCGAGCGUGAGCUGCGGACUUCGACGGCCUCGAGAGACCUUCGUACUAUACCACACCCUCCCUGCAAUUGGCAACACCACACCUUGAGAUCAGCCAUGGCUUUGAGAGUAUCGAACUCGAGGGCGCUGGCCUCAGCUUUGCGGUCAAGUAAGACUGCUCUCGCCCGCCGCAACGACUGCAGCACUGCCAUCCGUGCCUUCUCGUCAACCCAGAAUACCCAAAUCGUUGUCUCUGCAGAUACCCCCAAUAUGCGACACGCGCAGAGACCUGCCGAUCCGCCUGGAGGGCUUCAUGCACCCAUAGUCAACCCGGUCGACAAGUACGCUGCAAAGGCCGAAGACAUGCACCGGUACGGAUCUUGGCUCAUGGGGUGUCUGCCAAAGUACAUUCAGCAAUUCUCGGUGUGGAAGGAUGAGCUGGUCAUUUACAUUCCGCCUGCUGGAGUCAUCCCAGUUUUCACCUUUCUCAAAUACAACACUGCUGCCGAGUUCACCAUGGUCGCGGACAUCACUGCCUGCGAUUUUCCCACCCGAGACCAGCGUUUUGAGGUCGUCUACAACAUGUUGAGCGUUCGCCACAACUCGAGAAUCCGAGUCAAGACAUAUGCCGACGAAGCGUCACCAGUUCCCAGCAUUACAAGUCUUUAUGAUGGUGCCAACUGGUACGAGAGAGAGGUGUAUGAUCUCUUCGGUGUGUUUUUCGUGGGCCACCCAGAUCUGCGGCGUAUCAUGACGGACUACGGCUUCGACGGACACCCGUUGAGGAAGGAUUUCCCUUUGACCGGAUACACGGAGCUCAGAUACGACGAAGAGAAGAAGCGGAUCGUGGUCGAGCCUCUCGAGUUGACUCAAGCGUUCAGGAACUUCGAGGGAGGAAGUGCGGCGUGGGAGCAAGUGGGACCUGGUCUCGAUAAGAAGCCCGAGACAUUCAAGCUGCCAACGGCAAAGCCCGAGCCAAAGGAAGAGCCAAAAAGGUAG